CCUGGUCCUGCUCAGGGAGAGAAGCGACGACAGGCAUCGGCAGCGCCGCAUUACGCUGGAACACAAUGAAUCUCAGGCUGCCUAAACCACUGGAAGCUUUUUCUAUUGCGUUUUUCUUUCUUUGACUCGCGUUUCUCACCUAUAUUUUUGUUUUAUUUGUUUUUGUUGCAUCUUUCUCCCCCUCCUCCCUUUUUUUUUCUCCCACCCAGCAGCCUCUGACGCGCAAGGACACUACAGCAUCCAUCCACGGCAGGAACGCUCACACAGAGCAUCCUCUGUACAGGCGCACCAGCCGUCCUCCCUCCUUCCUUUCCACCUUCCUUCUUCCCACUCUCCUCCUCUCCUCUCUUUUUUUUAGGGGGCUCUUUUUUCUGCUGGAAUCCAAAGGACAUCGGGAACCCUGCUAUUUACCCCCCUCCACCCACACGCACACCCACUUUUUGCCCCGGAGACAUGGAUCUAUGGUUUCAUUCGAUCCGGAUUUGCUGGUGGAGGGUUUUGUUUCUGAUGAGUGUUUUCCAGGACUAUCUAAGCUCCAUGCUGGACUGCCCGCCGACCUGCAGCUGCUCUCAAACGGAGAUCUUUUGCAAUAAGUCCGACAAUGGCAGGUUUUUCCCGUUGCUCGCCCUGCAAGACACUGGGAGCAAUGGGACCAGCGUGGAUAUUGCGGACUUAUUCAAAAACAUCACCUCCAUACACAUAGAGAACUGGACGGGAUUGCAAACUCUGAGAGACGUCGAUAUGGAGCUCUACACCGGACUACAGAGACUGACCAUCAUGAAUUGUAAUCUGAGGGUGAUCCAGCCUCGAGCGUUUGCUCAGAACCCACAUCUACGCUACAUAAACCUGUCGAAGAAUCCUCUAACCACCUUAUCAUGGCAGCUCUUCCAGCACCUCCAACUCUCUGAGCUACAUCUUGAGGGAGUUGUGUUUGAUUGCGGGUGCAGCAUCCGCUGGAUCCAGCUGUGGCAGCAAAGGGGAGAGGCAGGCCUUCACACUCAGCAGCUGUAUUGCAGAAAUGGAGCAUCUAAGAUGCGGCUGCACAACAUGUACAUCACCAACUGUGACUUACCAGAGAUCAGCGUGAGCCACAGCAGCGUGUUGGUGACAGAGGGUGAAAAUGUGACGGUGAGCUGCAACGGAUCCGGAUCCCCGCUGCCUGAAGUAGACUGGACUGUCGCUGGCCUGCAUUCCAUCAACACCCACCUGUCAAACGUUUACUGGCCGAACAUCCACUCUAUCAACCUGACCCUUUUUAACAUCAGCCGAGACGACAACAACUUCCAGCUGACCUGCAUCGCAGAGAACUUGGUUGGGAUGACCAACUCGUCAAUCCAGCUUAAUGUUCAGUUUCCACCAAUAAUUUUGAGGUUGGCUGAGCCUGAACAACGCCUUGACACCUGCAUCGAGUUCACAGUUCGUGGGUACCCACACCCCAAACUGCGUUGGUUCUAUAAACAAAAGGAGAUCCAGCAGAAUGAAUAUAUCAAAACGGACAUGGACUUCUACCAGGACUACUUGGAGGGAUGUCUGACUUUUCAAAACCCAACCCACAUAAAUAAUGGCAACUACACUUUGGAGGCCAGCAACCCUUUGGGAACAGUCACCAAGACAGUAUAUGGUCACUUCCUCACGCCCCCCGAGGAUAUGGAUGAGAAUCCUGAGGGUGAUACAGGCCAACCAGAAGAAGAUACAUUCGGGGUUACCAUCGCUGUGGGUUUAGCAGGCUUCGCUUGCGUCCUCCUCCUCGUCCUUUUUGUUCUCAUCAACAAGUAUGGCAGACGCUCCAAAUUCGGUAUGAAAGGUCCUGUAGCUGUGAUCAGUGGUGAGGAAGACUCUGCCAGCCCUCUGCAUCAUGUCAAUCACGGGAUAAUUACCCCUUGUACUCUGGAUGCAGGACCUGAUGCAGUCGUGAUAGGAAUGACUCGCAUACCAGUGGUAGAAAAUCCACAAUACUUUAGGCAUGGGCACAACUGCAACAAGCCAACAACUCUUGUGCAGCAUAUAAAGCGGAGAGACAUCAUCCUGAAGAGGGAGUUGGGUGAAGGGGCGUUCGGAAAAGUCUUCUUGGCAGAGUGUUACAACCUCAGCCCCACCAAGGACAAGAUGCUGGUGGCUGUCAAGACACUGAAAGAUCCCAACCUGUCAGCAAGGAAGGACUUCCAGAGGGAAGCAGAGCUCCUGACCAACCUGCAGCAUGACCACAUUGUUAAGUUCUACGGAGUCUGUGUGGAUGGAGAUCCGCUCAUCAUGGUGUUCGAAUACAUGAAGCAUGGAGACCUGAACAAAUUCCUAAGAGCCCACGGCCCUGAUGCCAUGAUAUUGGUCGACGGCCAGCCGCUGCAGUCCAAUGGAGAACUAGGCCUUUCCCAGAUGCUGCACAUCGCUACUCAGAUCGCCUCAGGCAUGGUCUACUUGGCCUCCCAGCACUUUGUGCACAGAGAUCUGGCAACUCGCAACUGUCUGGUUGGAAACGGCCUCCUGGUCAAGAUCGGAGACUUCGGCAUGUCCAGGGAUAUCUACAGCAGUGACUACUACAGGGUUGGAGGACACACCAUGCUACCCAUUCGCUGGAUGCCCCCAGAGAGCAUCAUGUACAGGAAGUUUUCCACAGAAAGUGAUGUGUGGAGUUUUGGGGUCAUCCUUUGGGAGAUCUUCACCUAUGGGAAGCAGCCUUGGUUUCAACUGGGUAACAAUGAGGUUAUUGAGUGCAUAACCCAGGGUCGGGUGCUGGAGAGGCCACGGAUUUGUCCCAAGGAGGUGUACGACAUCAUGCUAGGCUGCUGGCAGAGGGAACCACAGCAGCGACUAAACAUUAAGGACAUUCAGAAGGUCCUGUUUGCCAUGGGAAAAGCCACCCCAGUCUACCUAGACAUCCUGGGCUAGCAGCAGCCCCCCCGGGUGGCCCAUUCCCCAAGAGACAGAAAGAUCGACAGAGACAAAAUGAGACAGAGCGCCCCAGACGAAUCCAGGAUUAACCAAACCAACCUGAUCCACUGUCGAAAAACACCUGCUUUGUUUGGGAGGGACUUAAGUGCCUGCAACACUUUUGGAUAUAGUGGAUAAAACAUAUAAAAAAAAAUAAAAACAUGCACUUUUACAUUUUGUUUACCUGCAUAUAAGAUGUACAUGUUUGAAGAAGACUUUUUUCCCUUGAAAAAAACUGCAAAAAUUCACAAACACGGAAAAAAAGCAGACUUGGCUUAAAAUGGGAUAAUGGCUACAGCUUGGUACAAAGGAGAGAAUACAUCAGAGUUUAAAAUUUAUCUGGGUUUGGUUUAUGAAUAUAUAUAGAAAUAUUACAUAUAUUUUAUAUUUAUUUCUUUUUCAAGGUUUGUCAAGGUGGUAAAGCAUCUGCCGUUUUUGUUGCUAAGGGCUUUGCCCUGUCUGAAGUUGCCACCAACAUACUGGCAGGGACUUGUGAUGAGGAAGCCUUACAUGCUCUCUGAUUGGCUGGCUCUGAGCUUUCAAAGGGAACUGUGGAUAACACUGGAUGGUUGAUGAAAAUCUGUGCUCUGUGAAGGACCUAUCCAAUCAGACAAUUGACAAAUCUAUUUUAAUUUAAAAAAUAAUGUACAUAUUGUAAAAUUCUAUGUGUCAGAAUUAUGUUAACUUAUUUUUCCGAUGUUACUUUGGUUUCUUUCCUGACUGUGAUCUGGGUGACUAAUGUAUUAAGCUAUGGUCUUUGUUUUCAUCCUGAUUCAGUGGAGAUUUCUCCUUGGAAUUUACCCACGUUGGUGCUGGUUAAGUUGUUGAAUAUGGUAAAAGUGAAUGAUAGUGGAUCUAAUUUAAACGACCCACUAAAAAUGUAUCACAGACUGUGGAGAGUGUAGGAUGACUCAGAGCCAUGGUUCAACCUACUGGAGGUGCUGAAGCCUCGCUUUGACUUUCCACUUCAUUAGCUUUUUAUAGCAAGAAUAAUGAGUUGAUAAGUAAUCUGUCACGCCACACCCCUAAAUCACAAACACACGCUCUGUCAUUUUCAAGCUUUUUGGUGUGAAACUGCUAAAGCAAACAUUUUUGUAGCUCUAAGCAUAUUCAUCAUUUGCUAUCACUGCGGCUGUAUUGCCUCUUUAAGGGAGCAGUUUGAUGUUUCGUGAAAUAUGACUAUUUGCUUUCUUACUGUGAGGUCCUUAACAAUGCACUUUUGAACUAUAUCUGGAGCUCAGUCGUUAGCUCAGCAUAAAAUCCUAAACAGGAAACCCAGUCAAAUUAUUUGGUGCUUUGAAUCUCUAAUUUUAAGGAUUCAAAAGUCGCCCAAAACGCUGACUUGGAAACCUGGAAUUGCUCUACCAACCUGCCGGUCAGAAUCCAUGAUGAUAAAUAUGAAACACUGCAUAGUAGUACUAAUAACCGUUAUUGCUUUAUUUUGUCGUUCUAAUUGUUUGUCUCACAUGAAGCCGAUUCUAGAAAGUGCUCUACAUUUGAUGGCGACUGCACAGCUGCAAUUGUUGGAUGCAUAAAAAGUUAAUAAAUAAAUUAUUGACUUGGCUUUAAUCGUUCUGAUGUCCUCACAGUAUGAUGACCAGAAGCAACAAUACAAUGUUCUCACAGUAUUAAAACAAAACAAGAUGAUUAAAAGGGAUUUUAUCAGAAACAGAAAAGCAACAAUAAUUCCUUGCUACUAUUUCAAUACAACUAAUAGUAUUAAUUUUUAUUUUGGAGAAAUAGAGACUGAAAGACUAUCAGUGAGUUUCAAUAUUUAAAAUAAAAGUAGACCUUUUUGUGUGUUUAUAGAAAUUAGAUGCCAAUCACUUUUUUCAGUUAAAGAUAGUUUAGGAAUAUUUAAGGAAUAUUAUUCAUAGUUAAUCUGCAAAAUCAGCGUCACCAUUUGGUUAACUUAAAAGAUUUUAAUUUCUUCAUUACAUUUCAUCUUACAGAUAUAGUAAAACUAGAAUUUUAAAAUGUGCAACAUACAAAUUUUUUGUAUUUUAUAGAAGAUCUCAUUUUUUUUCCAGAAAAACACUGGGAACUGCUUUCACAAACACAGUUUCAGUUCAAACAGCACACUCUCCUCUAAAGGAUGAGGAUUGGUCACUACAGAGCAGAGAGGUAAAGUCACUGAUUACUGCUAGCCAAAAUUUGAAUCCAUCAUUAACUUCUUUCAGCAUAGAACUGAAAGGACUUUAUACAAAAGGGAAAUUAUGAUAAUAACUUUCAUAGUUUUGAGGUGGUAACAUUUAAAAAUCUUGGUAAACCUGCCAAUACCUUCCAUUUACUUGAACUACUAAUAUUGCAUAGGCAGGCUGCUGAGUGCAACAAUUUCCACUGCUUUUUGUUACUGUUGUUUGUCUUUUUUUAAAACAUUUUUUUUACAGUAAUUUGGAGUAUGUCAUCAUUCCCAGCCUUCCUUGAGUCCUCUGAAAAUGUAAUUUUUGUUAGAAAAGGGAAUGAAUAAAAAAAAAAUACAGAUUUUAUUUGUGAAUAAUUACAAUUGCAGAUAAGCUAAUGUUAGCCAAAUCUAACCAGCAUCACUUUUGUUACUUGCUAUAUUCAACUAUUCUAAGAUUUUAAUUUACCCUUAUAUGGUUUUAUGAGUUUAAGGAUGCUUGGAUUGCUUUUAGACUUUGUGCUAUGCUAAUUCUCCCUUAUUCAGUCUGCCAUUUGACCGUAUACUUACAACUGUGCUGUUCCUUUCGUAUUUACCUAAGCAGGAAAGCAAAUACGCAUAAUACCUUAAAACUACAGCCUUUAAAUGAUGCUGGUUAACACCAUCAAGGUUUUGUGACAUUACUGACCAAAAGAAAUGUUUUUUAUGAUACAGCUCUUUUUCAGCUGUUCAUGUGUAGUAAUUAUUUACCUCUACCAUUAUUAUAGAAGCCACUUCUGUUAAGACUCCCACAUAAUGAAACAUACUAAAUGUAAGUGUGUGUCCCUCCUAGCUUUAGUCAGCUCCACUUUGGCUUUCUGUCAUGGCGCCCCUACUCUAACAUUGGCUUUAGAAAACGGGCGCAGUAUAAAAACAUCUGCGGACAGACUAUACAUGGCCAACAGUAUACACACAGUAUACACCUGACUCUGGGGGAGAGUUUGCUAUUACAGAAGUACGUAGAUACCUCAGUAUCAAUUUAUGAUGGAUCAGUUAAUAACUUUUAUCCCAGCCAUUUCUAAUAUUUACAGUCUUAAAUGGACCUGUAUGUUUUUGAAAGUGGAAGCCGGCAAAAAAAAAAAAAAUCCCACCCACUACAACAAAAUCCAAAUAUGAGUUCUGAAGGUUCAGUUUAUUGAAAAGAAAAACUGCCUAUUUCAAAGUUUGUUCUCCAGUCCUGGAGAUUUAAAAGUGAAUGAUAAACCUCAGGCAACUGUUUUAUUUCAUGUUGUGUCUGAAUAUAUAGCAGUUCUACGUGGUUCUCUUUUCACAUAUUUCUUUUUAUCUUGACAUGACUUCUCACAGUAUCACUGUGUUGUCUCUGUUCCCCUUGGGACUGUGUAAAGCAUUCAGUUAUUUCAUGUGCUUUUAUAUUACAAGCGGGAUCAAAUCAAUUUGAGUUACCCAAAGUAUUGAGUUUUUGUGUAUUCUCUUGUGGUAAAGAUAAAUGCUUAAAGACAUUAUGACAGACCGUGAGCAUUUGCAGGGUAUUGUAAUCCUUUCAUGGUGAGUUUAUUGUUUAAUACGUUUUUCUUUUUUUUUUUUCCUUUUUUCUUGGAUGAACUAACUGAACACUUUUUGAAGAAAAGUUGGCAUAUUACCAUGUAAAGAUGUUACAGAAUAUAAAAAUGUGGUAUAACAACUGCAGUAUAUAAAAUACUGAUAUUCCAUGAUAGAUCUUUGUAUUAAUGUGACUCUCUUAAGAAAAUGUCUUCAAACAAUCAGACGAUCUCCUUUUCCAUUUUGUCCUGUCUUAUAAAGAUAU